AUGGCCGAGGGCAAAUUUGCAGUGGGCUGGUGGCAGUUCGUGCCGUUUCUCGGCUACCACCAUGUUCUUAUGAUUCUGAUAGCGGUUGCCAUCAUAUUGCUAUCACUACUGUUAGCAGGAUGUUCAUCGUCAUCACCUCUCAUACCAGACAUCUUCCUGCUAUCUUUAUAUUAUCAGCAAUAUACAGCGGUUCCCGAUACGUCACAGGUCGACUAUAAUGUCAACCAAGCCAUCAGCAACAUUGUCGGUAACGCACAUCUCCAGGCCCGUGUCGGCUACUUUGGCAUCUGUGUCAACGCCGAUGGUGGCUCAUGGCUGUGCUCCAACAACGCCACCGCUCUCGCCCGCGAGAUCUCGGUUGACCAAGAUCCGCUUAACCUGAUCUGGCUCGCAAGCCAGUUCAAAGACAUGAUUGUCUUUCCCUACCUGAUAAUCAUCGCCAUCAUCUUUGCAUUCGUCUGUCUUCUUCUCCUCGCCACCUUCCCCGGCUGGCAUGAGGACACGGACAGCGAGGGCUCGGAGCGUGAGGUCAAGCCGUUCCCCUCGCGGCCCGUGAGCCAGGUCGCGCUGGCCAUCAUCUUCAUCGCGAGUAUCUUCGUCCUGGUCAGCGUCUUGUGGCAGCACACGGCCUCGGUGGCUGCCAGUGUGAUAGCGCAGGACUUUGGAAACGGUAGCGUCCUCAGCGGUAUCGGCACCAGCGCCAUGGUAAUGGGUUGGUUCAGUUUCACGCUUCUCAUCAUUGUCACCAUCGGCCUUCUAGUCAUGAUUCUGAGCAUACGCGUGCUCAGUCAGCUGGCAGGUUGA